CUUGACACACGCAAUGCCUCCUCCCCCCCCCACCAAUACGCACACACUCCGAGUGAGCUGGGACAUUUCGCCGCCCUGUACUUGGGGAGUUUGAGCUGUUCAAACAAAACCACCACCACCACCCUCCCCAAACACACUCGGACACACAACUCACAAAUCCCGCGCGCGCCUCGGAAUAACUGGAAGAGAAUCAUCAUCCGCGUCCCCCCGUCCACCACCGCCACUCUGCAACGAUGGACGCGUGGACAAUUGUGUACGCCACGGUGCCACCGAUUCUGCUUCUCGCGUUCCUCGGCCCUCGCAUACGGCGCUACUUUUCAGGUGGCAUUUGCACCAGCAAGGCUCAACUCAACGGCAAGACGGUGAUCAUAACCGGCGCCAACACUGGCAUUGGCAAAGAAACCGCCCUUGAUCUAGCCAAACGAGGUGCGCGCGUCAUCCUGGCGUGCCGCGACGUGGAAAAGGGCAACGCGGUGGCGGUCGACAUCCGCGUGAAGACGCACAACCCGCAGGUGCUCGUGCGCAAGCUGGACCUGUCCAGCGUCGCCUCCAUCCGCGAGUUUGCCGAGCGCAUCAACAAAGAGGAGGAGAAGCUGAACAUUCUGAUCAACAACGCGGGCUUGAUAUGCCCCUUCUCCAAGACGGCCGAGGGGUUUGAGAUGCAGUUUGGGGUGAACCACCUGGGUCACUUCCUGCUGACUCACCUCCUGGAGGACCUCAUCAAGCGCUCGGCGCCCGCGCGCAUCAUCAACGUGUCCUCCUUCGUACACGCUUACGGCAGCAUCCACUUCGAGGACCCCAACUACGAGCGGCGCUUCUACAACCGGCACAGCGCCUACUGCCAGAGCAAGCUGGCCAACGUGAUGUUCACCCGCGAGCACGCCCGGCGCCUCAAAGGCACGGGCGUGACGGUCAACUCGCUGCACCCCGGUUCAGUGAUGACCGACCUGCAGCGCCACGUGGGCGUGGUGCGCGCCAUACAGCGCAUCCUGUGGCCGAUAAGCAAGACCCCUGCGCAGGGCGCCCAGACCAGCAUCCACUGCGCCGUGGCUGAGGAGCUCGCAAACGUCACCGGCGUCUACUUCAGCGACUGUGCCCCAAAGAACGUGUCAUCCCUGGCAAGCGACGACGCCGCUGCCCAGAAGCUGUGGACCCUCAGCUGCAAGCUGCUGGGGAUCAAGUGGAACUAGGCAGGGGGCUCGUACUGAUUCUCCCAUUUUUAAAAAGGGUUCUACCCUGCCGGUAGAUGUGUAAUGAGAGAGUGCGAUCCAGUGGGUGUAACUGGAUACAGGCACUAUUAUGUAAUCAGCAUCCAAUCCUAAGAGGGAAUAACAUCUUGGCCAAAAGUGACAGACGGAGUCGAGAGAGAUGCUUCGGGAACCAUCGGGAAGGUUCCACGAGGGGGUGUGACUAGAGGCGGAGCCUAGCUUCACCGGGGAAAAUAUGAGCAGGGGCAGGGGAGGACUCGUGGUUGGUGCGGGGAGCCUGGGGUCCGGGUAGGCCUUGGCAAGGUAAGGUAAUUGUACCCUUUUUACCGGGUAAAAGGGUAAAGGUGUCGACAUGCCAAGGGGUAAGGGAAAAGGGUAGGGUAAAAGGUAGCCUCGUUGCUUUUUACCUUUUACCUUACCUGCUAAAGGGUAAAUGGUAGGGUAGAGUGAUUGUAUUGUGGUAAGGUAAAAGGUCGGGUAAAGGUAGGCUUUUUGUUUUUACACUUUUACCUUACCUUGCUGAGGCCUAGGUCCGGACUGCGUCGCUGCUCGUCACCCCCUCUCUUCGCGUGGCCGGUUCUCCCCAGUGAAGCUCGCCUCUUCUCCCCGGCACGCCACCAGACAACGGCAAGACCGGGGGGGGGGGGGGGGGGGGGGCGGGGGGGGGGAGCGGAGCGAACCUCGCUGGUGGACCGGAGAGAGACGCCUCGUCCAUGGCGUUGUGAGAAGGGAAAUUACCCGCAGAGGGAAGGAGAGGAAUUGUGCAGUACUACAGUUAAUAAAGAAGCAC